AUGUCUAGUUGUAUGGAUAAGGAGAAUAAGCGUGUUUCGGACAUGACUGUUGCUGAACUAAAGGAGUAUUUGAAAAUGCGUGGCGUUACUGCAAGCGGCUAUUUAAAACCUGCUUUACUUCAAAUUGCUCAAGCAGUGGAGAAAAUGAUGUUGUCGAUUGACCCAAAUCAUGAAUAUGGAAAUUCGGAUCUCAAGAACGCAAGAGAAACAUUUAUUAUUCAUGAUAUGGUGAUACGUCAGCCAUUGUCAUAUCCAGUCGUGAACGACUUUAUAGAUUCGCCACCCUUCGGUUUGUACGAUAUUUUUAACUAUUUAAUAUACAGCUCAGCUGAGUAUGAUAAACAGGGACUUGCCGCAUAUAAAUCAUUCGAAGAUUAUAGAUUGUUUGACGAAGGCUAUGUGGAGUCAUUGAGAACCGCAACACUAAAGGAAGAGGGUAUGUAUCUGUUUAUUGGAAAAGUACGGCCGGCUAUGAAAGAUACGACAGACGAUGGAAAAAAACUGUACGAUGUCUGGUUUAUGUUAGAAGGAAAAGGCAACAAUCGAGGUAGCGUAUUAAUGGCUAGAUGUACAUGUAAAGGAGGGCAAGAUGGAGGCUGCAAGCACAUCGCAGCCUGUUUGUAUUCGCUGGAGGAUGUACUGCAUAAUCGCGAGAGUGUAACAUCUGGUCCAUGCCAGUGGGUUAAACGAGCGACAUCAGAAACCAAACCGUGCGAAAUUAAAAAUUUGCAAAUACGGAGAUCCGACAAAAGACCGAGUCCGAGUGAAGUGAAACGAAAAUACGAACAUUUUUAUGCUGAUAAUAUUGAUGUUGACGUCAGGCACGAAAACGAUAGAAGUCCCCCCUCCAAAAAGGCUCUUAUUACGUUUACAAAUGCUCUUUCGUCCGUCAGCAGUAAACCCUGUGUCUUUCCACUACUUGAAAAAAAUUAUCAAUCGGAAUCCUCACAAGAAACCACACAAGAGUUCAAACCUACCCAGUUAAUAAAAGAUGGAG